AUGCUCUCACGUGUUGCUUCUGUGAAGGCACCCCGCACACACAGCCUUCGCCGCGUGACCGGAUCCAGCGGAAGGAGGAGGGAAGGAAGAGAGAGUGAGCAGCAGAGGCCCAGAAUGUCCCGGCAUCACUUCUGUUCUGCGGUGCUGCUUCUACUUGUCAUGAUGUUGUGCUGCAACACUGGUGGGGCUGCAUCCAGUGGGGUGACGGCGCCAGGUUCGGGAAAUGCAAAGGAAACAUAUUUUGUUUGGAGAGAUAAGAAAGGAGAAGAAAAAGUGAGUUCGCUCCGUGUUCCCAGCCUUGUUGAGAUGGAUGGUGAUGUGUUUGCCGUUGCCGAGGCGCAUUGCAAGGAGGGUACUGAAAAAGUUUUUACUGGGAUUGCCUCGAAGCUCCUGGCGUUGACUGGUGAACAAAGAAGGAAGGAGUUGGCUACAACUGAAGUGAAGACACAAGUACUGGAGGAAUGUUCCUCCGAAAAAGAGAAAGUCACCUGCCGUAUAGCAGAUCGGGCUGAUUCCCAAAGCCAGACGAGAAUACAUGUGGGCCGACCAACAACAGUCGUGCGGGGAAGUGAUAUUUACAUGCUUGCUGGAAGUUACAAUUGGACACUUACCGCCGAUGAUCAGGCAGCCGAUGCAGGCGACUGGGGACUCAUGCUGGUGAAAGGGAACGUCAGUAAGGAGGAAGAAAGUAAAAAAAGGAUCCUUUGGAACGACACUUAUGCUAUCCCGUGGAAUUACAAAGGCAAACAACACGAAUCCUUGACAAAGCUUAUUGGUGGUGGUGGAUCGGGUGUUAAGAUGAAUGACGACACGCUUGUGUUUCCUGUGGAAGGGACGAAGAAAGUGAAAGGCACAGAAAAGGAUGGAAAGACUGUUUCGCUGAUCAUAUACUCCUCGGAUGCUGCGGGUUGGGUGCUGCCGAAGGGGAUGUCUGCCGAUGGCUGCGGUGAUCCCUCCGUCGUGGAGCGGGAGAAGGACAAAGAACUCAUGAUGAUGACUGUGUGUGAUGAUGGCCGCCGCAGGGUGUACGAGUCCGAUGACAAGGGGGAUUCGUGGACGGAGGCACUCGGGACACUCUCGCGUGUUUGGGGAAACAAACACAAGGGCGGAAAAGUGCAGACCGUUACAAGCGGGUUCAUCACAGCGAUGAUUAAAGGUGUUGGAGAUGAUAAGAAAGAAGUGAUGCUCAUCACCCUGCCGGUGUAUUCGAGUAAGAACGAAGAAGGCCAUCAAAAAGGCAAUGGAAAGGGCGUACUUCAUCUUUGGCUGACAGACAAUACGCACAUUGUUGACAUUGGGCCGGUAUCGGGCGAUGAUGAGGACGCUGCCGCCAGCUCCCUGCUGUACAAAAGUGCUGAGGGUGAAGAUAAUAAGGGAGAGUUGAUUGCGCUGUACGAGAAGAAAGGCGAUGGGACGACAUCAUCACCCAGUCUUUGGUCUGUGCGUCUCACUGAUCAGCUGGAGCGGGUGAAAGAGGUGCUGAAGACCUGGAAGGAAGUGGACGAGCGUGUCUCCAAGCUGUGCCCCUCUGGGAGUGCUGUGCAGGAUACCUCAAUUGAUACUGCCUGCAGCCCUGCCAUGCCGAUCGAUGGGCUGGUUGGCUUUUUGUCCGGCAACUUCUCUGAUAACACAUGGAGGGACGAGUACCUCGGAGUGAACGCCACAGUAAAGGGGAAUGAUGGAGAAAAGAAAAAGGCAGAAGCGGCCACAGUGGAUUCAGAGAAGGGCGUGAGGUUCCAGGGAGCGUGGGCGGAGUGGCCUGUUGGCAGUCAGGGGGAGAAUCAGCUGUACCACUUUGCGAACUACAAAUUCACUCUUGUGGCGACGGUGUCCAUCGACAGUGUACCGGAGGGAGAUACCCCUAUUCCAUUGAUGGGUGUGAAGAUGAAUGAUGAACAAAAGAAAUCUUUUGGGUUGUCUUACGAGAAAGGAAAGUGGAAGCUACUGUGCAGUGACGGACCGAAUUCUGGGGAGCAAAGCCGCGCUUCAGAGCCAGGUAAAACUCAACACGUCGUAAUUUUGCUGCGGAACGGCACCCAGGGCUCCGCGUACGUCGAUGGUCAGCGUGUGGGUGGGGAUACGCCGUGUGCAUUGGGAAAUACAGAUUCGAAAGGGAUCUCCCACUUCUACAUUGGAGGCGACGCGGAUGAUGCAGGGAGUAAAGACGUGACCGUGACGGUGACGAACGUCCUGCUGUACAACCGCCCUUUGAGCUCUGAAGAGAUUGGCGCCUUCAACCCGAAUAAAGACUCCACUCCACCUUUGGAAGAGAAUCCGUCGAAGCCUUCACCAGAUUCUUCUGAUUCCAUUAUACCUCCCAUCCCUCCGGUGAGCCCGAGUGCUCAGCAAACCGAAACUUCGUCCACUCCUGCCGGAACACAGCUGACGGAACAGGGACAGUCGAUGGGGAGCAGUGGUGCGGGCAGUGGCGGUGCAUCCGCACCAGCGGUGUCCACUGUCAGUACUUCCUCAGCCGAAGAGGAGUCCGUAUUGCAGGUGACGUCAGGGACAUCUCCCGAUGGAAAUCCAACUGUGGGUGGCGGUUCUACUGCUGAUGGCGAGCCAACGAUGGAGACAAGAAAAGGAGGAACGAAUGGGCAGGAGGAGGAGGUUAAUACACAGGUCAGGGAAAUAAAUGCUACAGCACUCAGCAGCAGCCUCGGAAAUGUGUCGCAGGGGAAUAACACCGAUGCUGGCAAAAUGCGUGGGAGCGGACUGCUGCCAUCGCUGCUGCUUCUGCUGUUGGGACUGUGGGGGUUUGCGGCUCUGUGA